AUGUCAUACGUCCCGCCACACAGAUCAAGAGGAGAUUACGUUCCAAAAGACACAGGGGAAUCGUCUGGUAGAGGCGGAUUCUCGAGCAGAGGCGGAUUUGCCAGCAGAGGAGGUUUUAACAAGGGAUUCGGAGGACCAAGCAGAGGCUUUGGAGGAGGAUCAGGUUUCAGCAGAGGCAAUGGAUUUUCCAGAGGCGGAGGCUUUGGCAGAGGAUCCAGAGCCCAGCCAGGUCAAGGUUCAUGGGUUAACGGUGCUCACAAGCCAGCUGAGCGUAACGAGAGACUCGAGCUAGAGCUUUACGGUAAGGCAGGAGAUGGACAGACCCAGUCUUCUGGUAUCAACUUCGACAACUACGAUGAGAUCCCAGUUGAAGCCUCAGGUGACGAUGUGCCAGAGCCAAUUACUGAGUUCACUUCACCUCCGUUGGAUCCUUUACUCGUGGAAAAUAUCAAGCAAGCUAGAUUCACCAAGCCAACUCCAGUGCAAAAAUAUUCGAUUCCUAUUGUUGCCAACGGCAGAGAUUUGAUGGCAUGUGCUCAAACCGGUUCGGGUAAGACUGGUGGAUUCCUGUUCCCAGUCUUGUCUGAGUCCUUCAAGCAUGGACCUACAGAAUCUUCCCAAACAGACAAUGCCUUCGACAGAAGAAAAGCACAUCCUACUGCAUUGGUUCUUGCACCAACUAGAGAGUUGGUCUCUCAAAUUUAUGAGGAAGCCAGAAAGUUCUCCUACAGAUCCUGGGUCAGACCAGUUGUCGUGUAUGGAGGUGCCGAGGUCUACCUUCAAAUGGACCAACUCAAACAGGGUUGCGAUCUUUUGGUCGCCACACCAGGAAGAUUGAACGAUCUUUUGGAGAGAGGCAAGAUUUCAUUGAAGAACAUCAAGUACCUUGUUUUGGACGAGGCUGACAGAAUGUUGGAUAUGGGUUUCGAGAUUCAAAUCAGGCACAUUAUUCAGGGUUGCGACAUGCCGCCACCAGGUGAAAGACAAACAUUGAUGUUCUCUGCAACGUUCCCUAAGGAAAUUCAAUUGAUGGCCAAGGACUUUUUGCACAACUACAUCUUUUUGUCGGUGGGAAGAGUCGGAUCGACCUCCGAGAACAUUACUCAAAGAAUAUUAUACGUUGAAGACGAUGAAAAGAAGUCCAGCCUUCUGGAUAUUCUCACGUCUACCGAAGACACGCUGGCCAAUGGACUCACUUUGAUUUUCGUUGAAACCAAGAAGAUGGCUGACAUUUUGUCCGACUUUUUGAUUAACCAAGACUUCCCAGCCACCUCUAUUCACGGUGACAGAUCUCAAUACGAAAGAGAGAGAGCACUGGAGAGUUUCAGAACAGGAAGAACGCCAAUUUUGGUUGCCACCGCCGUUGCUGCUAGAGGACUGGAUAUCCCUAAUGUGACUCACGUGGUCAACUACGAUCUUCCAAACGAUAUUGACGACUAUGUCCACCGUAUCGGAAGAACAGGAAGAGCAGGAAAUACUGGUGUUGCCACUGCCUUUGUCAACAGAGGAAACAAGAACGUCGUGAAAGACUUGAUUGAAAUUCUUAGCGAGGCCAACCAAGAGGUCCCAGACUUUUUGACUGUGAUCGCAAGAGAGAACUCCGUCGGCAGAGGCCGCGGAAGAGGAGGAAAGACCCAGAACAGGGAUUACAGAAAGUACGGAGGCAACUCUGGAGGAUACGGAAACGGCUAUGGUGGUAGAUCUAGCUAUGGAGGAGGAGGAUACAGCAGUUACGGAAACGGUGGAGGAUUCAACAGCUUUGGUAGCUCCGCUGCACCAGCAUCGUCGUCAUCAUCUCAAUGGUGGUAG